AUGGCUUCUAAGGAAUUUUUAUGCUUUCUUUUCGUCUGUUUCUUUACCUUGGGAAGUGCUACCUACUGUACCUUCAAAAGCGAUUGUUCCUAUAGUGAGUCCUGUUGUUCAGAUGGAGUCUGUAGAGAGAGAUGUUACUACUGUUCGUCCGACGGCGAGUGUGGGACGAACGAACAAUGCUGUGAUAACAAAUGCAUCAGUAGUUGGUCCACUUGUUCCUGUUCGUCCACCCUCGAUUGUGGCAUUGGUGAGCAGUGCUGUAGUAGCACAUGCAUUAGUAGUUCGUCUUCUUGUUACUGUACGUACGACUCCGAUUGUGACGUUGGAGAGGAUUGUUGUGGGGGAGUUUGUUCGUCAUCAUACUGUGGUUGGAGCGGCGGAGCUAUUGCAGGCGCUAUUAUCGGCACAAUUAUUUUCUUCGCAAUCAUCAUUUCCAUUGUGUCUUGUCUCUGCUGUGCUUGUUGCCCCUACUACCGCUAUCGUACACCCGGUACUGUGAUCGUCACCGGCCAACAGCCACAACAGAUCGUCUCAACUCAUACACACAUGUCUACGCAACAAGUACAUCCUCCUCCGCCGGUGAACUACAAUCAGCCUCCUCUAGCUGGUUACAACCCGCCUCCUCAAGGCUUUAAUCAGGCUCCUCCGCCUUACCCGAGCUAUCCACCGCCAUCAAACCAAUAUCCUCCACCGCCGGGACAAGCUCAAGCGGCGCCG